CUUUUUCCAAUUACACUUUUCAACGGCCGACCGGUGCUGACGUAUCAGGGACGCUUUCCCCCCGCCUUCUCCUUUUUCUCCUCAGAUCUCAACCUCCUCCUUUCUUCUUCUUGAUCUGGUUGGUUUUCUUUCUUUCUCGUCGCAUUAAUUUCGAUGGCUGCUCCACCUGCUAGAGCCCGAGCGGAUUACGAUUAUCUCAUAAAGCUCCUCCUGAUCGGCGAUAGCGGUGUAGGUAAGAGUUGCAUCCUGUUGCGUUUCUCAGAUGGAUCUUUUACAACCAGUUUCAUUACGACCAUCGGCAUUGACUUCAAAAUAAGGACAAUAGAGCUUGAUGGCAAGCGAAUUAAAUUGCAAAUAUGGGAUACUGCUGGACAAGAGCGUUUUCGAACAAUUACAACUGCUUAUUACCGUGGAGCCAUGGGCAUUUUGCUGGUGUAUGAUGUCACUGAUGAGUCAUCUUUUAACAACAUUAGGAAUUGGAUUCGCAACAUUGAGCAGCAUGCUUCUGACAAUGUUAACAAGAUACUGGUGGGUAACAAGGCUGAUAUGGAUGAAAGCAAAAGGGCUGUACCAACUUCAAAAGGUCAAGCCCUGGCAGAUGAAUAUGGCAUAAAGUUCUUUGAGACUAGUGCGAAAACUAAUUUGAAUGUGGAGGAGGUUUUCUUUUCAAUAGCUCGGGACAUCAAACAAAGACUUGCAGAUAGUGACUCUAAGGCUGAGCCUCAGACGAUCAAGAUUAACCAACCAGACCAGGGAGCAGGAGCUGCUCAAGCUGCCCAAAAAUCUGCAUGCUGUGGUUCUUAAUGUAACGCUCUGCGGGGAGACAUUCUUCAAGCAGCCAAUAUGACUCAGGAAGUUAAUCUUGUCAAUGACUAUGUCAGUAGUGCUUCUAUUGUUAUUAUUUUACAUCUGCUACUCGUUGGGUGUGAAUGGUAGAUCCUUCCUAUGUUGGGAAAUUAAUUAUCUAUUUAUUUAUUGUUGCUUUGGUCCACUUCUUUAUUUUUCAGGUGCUUUAAUAUACAGCCUCUACUUUCUGAAGUUAAAAA